GCACCACCGACCACCAGCCGCCCACUGCGCUGAGUAUCGUUGCUGCCGCAUGUAAACACCUUGUCUGGUUCUCGCUUCUGCCCGCACACCCCGCGCGCGCCUCCCCGCCUAGCGCGACCGCCUUCCUUCUGUAGGCGAGGGCACCCCCGCCUGCCGCCGGCCCACGGUCCGCUUGUUCUGUCCCGAAGGUGCCCAGAGGCGGAGGCCGAGUAGCGACCGCGCGCCCGCCGACGCCCCGCUGCAGGCAUUGCAGGCCCGCUCGACAGCUAUGGCGAGGCGCAGUGGCGCCCCCGCACGCCGAUGAGUUUCCCGGGCCGGCUGACCGGCCACGUCUGGGACUGCUACUACGACGUGAAGGCGGCGGCGUACGCGCCGCUGGUGGUGGAGCAGCACGACGUCGUGGGUGCCGGCUCUGGCGCCGCCUACGCCCACUGGGGCCCGCAGCAACAACAACAGCAGCAGCAGCAGCAGCAGCCGCCGCAGCACAACCACAGCCACAACCACCAGCCGCCGCCGCAGCACCACCAGCAGCUGCUCUGGGCCGCUAGGCAGCAGCACCACGUCGAGCAACAACAGCAGCAAGAGCAACAGCAACAGCAGCAACAGCAACAACAACAGCAGCAGCAGCAACAGCAACAACAACAGCACCAACAGCAGCAGCAACAACAACAACAGCAACAACAGCAGCAACAACAACAACAGCCGCCGCCUCCUCCCAAGAGAUUUUUGCUUCAAGGGAAGACCAGCGGCAAGGAUGGCCCUGAAGACAAGAAGGACGACGGCGAGCUGUGGUGCAACGUGGAAGCGCAGGCCGCCUUCCUGGGACCCAACCUCUGGGAUAAGACGUACGACGCCGACCUGAAGUACGUGGACCUGGACGAGUUCCUGUCGGAGAACGGCAUCCCGGUGGAGGGCCUGCCGGGCACGCAGCACCUGAAGCAGGCGCAGCAGCAGCAGCAGCAGUCGCAGGCGCAGCAGCACGCCGUCGCCGUGGCGCCCGGCCCGGGGCCCGCGCCCACGCUCGACUUGGUGGCGAAGCGCGAGCGCUCGCCCAGCCCCUGCGAGCCGCGCACGCCCGACACCGAGCCGCUCAACCCGCCGUCGCCGGCCGACUCAACACUGUCCCUGGCGUCAUCUGGUCGUGAUUUCGAUCCUCGGACGAGAGCCUUUUCGGACGAAGAGCUGAAACCACAACCGAUGAUCAAGAAGUCCAGAAAGCAGUUUGUUCCGGAUGAUAUGAAGGAUGAGAAGUACUGGGCACGGCGCCGCAAAAAUAACUUGGCAGCGAAGAGGUCUCGUGAUGCAAGGCGUGUCAAGGAAAAUCAAAUAGCACUGCGUGCAGGAUUUUUAGAGAAGGAGAACAUGAACCUACGACAGGAGCUGGACCGACUGAAGAAAGAGAACAUGCUGUUAAGAGACAAACUAUCAAAGUUCACAGAUGUGUAGUUGGGUACACAAGUCUAACAUGGCCACCUUGUCCACAAUAUUGAUGCAGUUCCUAAAACAAAGUAGACUCACACAGCAAAUAUGUUAAUAUCAUGAGAUGGAAUGCUUAACUUUUUUUAAUUCCAUUUAAUUAUACAUGCAUAACUGGAAGUUGAACCUUAUUUCAUCUCAAUUGUGACCACAAUAGUUACUGCUGAAUAUGUUGAAAACUCAUUGUAAUUCAGCUGAACUGUUGCAAUUAAUGUAUUAUCUCAGUGUUUACAGUAUGAGGUGAGGUGGCCACAAGAAUGGACUAAUUUCAUUUGUCAAAAGAAACAAAAUGACUUUUGGCAGCAAUUAUUUCAUGUGUCAUAGCUAUCACCAUUUUCACAUGAUGGAGCAAUUGGAAAUUUAUGUGCUUCUGACCUUUAAAGAAGGCAGCUUUUGUCACCAACUGCAGAAGCUAUCUAGGAGGUAAAUAAGUAACACAGUUCUGGCAGCUAUUAACCACCAGCCUCCACAUUAAAAAAAAUGCAAAAUCUUAUUCAUUAAAGUAGCAUCAAUUCAUACAGGGACAAUGUAUUUUACUGUCUAAGUACAUUAAUGUCUGGUGUUAAUGAACAGUCAAGACAUGAGCACAUCUGUACAUGAAUAAUAUUAUUGUAAUUUAGAGUAUCAUAGUGUAGACUUGUGAUUGUUUUAACUGAUGACAGGGUAUAGGAUUUUAGAAUGCUCAGAAAUAUAUAUAUAUUUUUAAUUCAAUAUAUACGAAUAGAACUUUGAUUUUGUAAGAGAAAGCCCAACCAGUAACAUUUACUCAGAUGAAAUGAUAUCAAACUUUUUAUGUAUUUACACAUGAAGCAAACACACACGUGCACACACAGGAUUAAUUGUGACAUUGUUAUGCACUGAGGAAGCUAGUUCAAAACUGAGCACUUUACAUAGAACAGACAGGGUACUGAUUAGACUCUCAGAGUGAAACAAAUAUACAGAAGGAGAAAAUAGACAGUUUGAUACAUAUGUUGAAGACAUCUGGGAGUGAAUAAAACAAAUAAAUUAGGAUUGUUAAAUCACUGUACAAGUGUGAGUAGCAAAUCAUGAAGUAGACUAACAGAAAUUUCUGUUAUGAAACCACUGGUGUCCUGGUUACAUUGUUAAUAAAAAAAAGGCUUAUAGCACUUUUAUCACAUGUGGACAGAGCAACUGUACACAAACUUAAUUGACAAGAAAGCUGUGCCUUGAUAUUACCGGUAUCCAUUAUGAAUAUAAAAGAAAGUUGUCUAAGGGUUUACUUUGUUUAAAAAAAUUUAUGAAGAAAGGUUUCUCAAGGACACUGAAUGUAAACUUGCUAGGUUUUACCAUAGUUUCCUCCGUGUUUAUCGAUUCUGACAAGAACUCACUCUUAUUAUUCGUAAAUAUAUGUUUUGUUUUCUCUUUCUGGCUGUUUGAUAUUUUUAAUUAAAUGUUUGAAUAAAUGACAAACAAUUGUAUAAAGUAUGUUCUUUUCCUCCAUAAAUAUAAAGCAACUGUUAUUGCUGUUUCUGUUUACAUAUUCCAUAAAACUUAUUUACCGGCAGGCCGGAAAUACUGGUGUCAAGAGAUAUCUACACUUUAUGCAUCUAUCUAUGUGUGUAAGCCGUUGCUGCUGGCAGGAACGCAUUCAAAUACAAUUGAGCAAAUAGUAAAUAAACCUUUUAUAGUAAUGUUCAAAGUCAACUAUGAUAGCACCUAAAGUAAUCAUGUCAUGAUUUAAGUGUAACCAUGGUAUGUGUAUGCUUUCAUGUAAAUACUGGUAAAUACAUAUAGCUUAUUGCCCAAAUAUCAAAAUAAUCUGGUGUGAAUUUUAAGUUUCCUUUCCUUUCUUUCUUUCUCUCUCUCUCUGUGUGUGCUGCUAUUACCAUAUAGUCAAAACCAAAUUGGUGUAGCUGAUAUUUUGUACAAAAUAUUAGUAUAGAUGUGUGUAUAAAGGGGAAUCGUCUCUUUGUUAAAACUUAAAUCACUUUGUGUAGUGGGCGCAUUGGUCUGUGUUGAACAUAGUAUAAAUGUUCAUGUUAUUAAUUCAUGUUGUUGAAAAGUAGUAUAAACUUUUUCAUGUAUGUUGUUAGUAAUUGAUCACUGACUAUUUGUCAGCAAGAAGCUGAUACAAAAUAAGCAUGUUAUUGUUUCAUUGUAUUCUGUAGAUAAAAUUCUCGCCUGUAAUAUUGUUUCCACAUUUUUGUUUUAAAACUCGUGAAUCAUAAUUAACAGAUAACUUUGUCAAUAGAAUAUCUAGCUUUACUUUUUAAAAGUUGAUGUUGGAUAUGUUGAGGUUGGAUUUUGUUUAUGUGAAUAGCUUCAAAAUAAAAAUGUAUAUAUGUUAAAAUAUACUACGCCAAACAGUUCAAUUGUUUUAGUGCAGAAAUAUAGCAUGGAUUUCUGAUAGAUGUCUAUGAGAUAAAUAUAAUAUAUAUAUAUAAUAUACAAAUAUAUUUACAUCACACACAAUAUAUAUAUUUUAUUAAGCAUUUUAAUGGGAACUGAAUACUGUGUGUCCAAGCUUGUGUUCAGAAAAUGCAUGCCGCUUGGUCCACGUUGUUGGUUAGAAAGUAUUGAUUUUAUAGUUAGUACUACAAGAAAUUUCAGUGGUGAGAAAUCAGUCUUGAUAUAAAUGGUGUUGGAAUAAAUUUAUAAUGUUAUUGUAUGAUUAUAUUGUAAAGCUCGGUAAGAAUGUGUGAAGAGAAACAGGAUACAGAUCACUGUUAAUGGAGUUAUAUUUUUAUUACACUUCUUCCAUAAGGAUGUAAAUGUUGUUAGUUGUUUAAUUUGUGCAUAUUUCACAGUAAUCAAACAAGGAGUGUUCCUGUUUGGUUAGGAUGAAACCAAAACUGUAUAUCAGGCUUUUUAUCUGGGGAAAAUGUUACAUUUGAACUGGGGUUUCCUUUACAGCUUGAAAUUCACUCUGGUGCCUUAACAGAACACUACGCAUACAAUAAUAGGAGAUUUGCCAUGUGAAAUCAAGUAUACUGACAACUACUGAGUUUAGUAGUUCAUAGUUUCAGCAAAACUGAUAGUAAAUUAUGCCUAUAUGACUCGCUAAAACAUUUUCACAGUUUAAUGUUAGGGUACUGCUUCAGUGGUGGAUACAAGUUCACUAGUAACAUGUAUACAACUUGCCCCAUUAGAAAUACCUAAAGUAUUGAUUUCACUGCUUUUAUUUUUAUUUCAUUAUUUUGUUUAUUGUGCAACAACAGUUUUGAAUGUUUUAGUGAUUUCUGAAGUGUAUCACUUUUACCUCAGUGCUGUGACUGGCAUGAACUGUGUGACAUCAUCAUUUAGAUACAGCUGCGUUAUGCAGAAAUACGGUUUUUAUAUUUUACUUUUAAUGGAAGUACUUUGCUAUACAAAUGUGGCUGUGUUGUAUCUCCUACAUAUACAAUGCAGAGUGUUAGUUUUUGAUGCAUCUUAUUUGAAGUAAUGUUUGUUACUUUCAUCAGAAAAAAAUGUUUCCUGUAUGUCUCCAUUGUCUGGCUCAUGCCAGUUGGUCAUCAGAGGAGUUUUAAGAUAAAUGAUUAACAUGAUAGGCAAAAAAAUGAAAACUGAAAAGUGUGACAUGAAUAGUUAAAAUAGUCACUGAAAAACAGAAAGCUAAAAUUUGACUUUGUACUAAGAAUUGCACUGAAUGGACUUUACAUGCUUGUUAUGUGCUGCUUAUGAAUAAAAGUUGUACUCCCCAUGAAA